AUGCUCAUAGAAAACAACCCCAUCACCUAUCCACGCUCUUUCGGUUUCAAAUCCCCGUGCCCUAUCUGCGCCAACGGUUUCAGGCCACAAUGGGAAUUCGACCGUCAAUUCGCGCUGGAUAAAACUGGGAUGAGGAGUCCCAUUUUGGUUCCGCCACAACCGGACGCAAACAUACGUGUUGCAGUCCCCAAGGACCCUGCACUGGGCGUGAUUGGACGUCCUGGCUAUGGGGUUAACGAUUCACGUCUUCUCUACCCGCUACUAACGAACCCGCUACUAAUGAACCCACAUCGGUAUGGCUAUGAUGCACAGGGAGUCAGAGGGUCGUUGGCUGGGUAUGCUGUAAAUCCGCUAUGUUGGAAUAUGGUGUCGAGCCUUUUCAGAGAAGACGGUAUACAGAACCUGUCUUUGCUGUCUGGCAUCCUUAUGGAUAGAUAUAACUAUGUUGCGGGGCAUGGGGCUCCGACUCGAAAUAAUCCCAUCGAGAUGGCCAGGGUCCAGUUCUAUAUCAAAUCGGCCAGGAAAUAUCGCGAAGCAGCAGCGCAGACUCGCUUCGCUCUGAAGAGUAUUCAUGCUCAGGAACAUUUCCGAUUGUCAACUCUGCCGCAGGAGCUUCGAGUGCAUACUAUGGAAUACCUACGGUUUGAGGAUGUGUUUGCGUUGAAGAAGGCAGUUGGUUGGACUGCACCCUCGAUAUACUGGAAGGAGCGCGUAGACACCAUGAUGUUCUUUGAGGUGAAGAGCGUGCUGGGUCAUGAGGAUAUUGAUUGGCAUUUACUUGUCUGGAGGCUGUAA